GGCGAUGGGUUCAGUUGGUGGCCGGACUCCAAGAUGAUCACGGAACUUCUCCUGGCGAUCUGCACCGCGGUGCUCCUUUGCCUCUCGUAUCGAUAUGCGGUGGCUCGGCCCUCCGGCUUUCCUCCCGGUCCUCCGAGGAUUCCGUUGUUCGGGAGCUAUCUAUUCCUGCUGAUGCUGAACUUUAAGUAUCUGCACAAGGCCGCUUUGACCCUCAGUCGGUGGUAUAAAUCGGAUAUAAUCGGACUGCACGUGGGUCCUUUUCCGGUGGCUGUCGUUCACAAUGCUCAGGGAGUUCGCGAGAUCCUCAACAACAAGGUUUUCGAUGGACGUCCUCAGCUUUUCGUUGCCGCAAUGCGGGAUUCCGGUCCAGAUGUUCGAGGCAUCUUCUUUCAGGACGGACCUUUGUGGAAGGAGCAGCGCCGCUUUAUCCUUCGCUAUCUGCGUGACUUUGGCUUCGGUCGUCGUUUCGAGCAACUGGAGCUGGUUAUCCAGGAGCAGUUGACGGACAUGCUCGAUCUGAUCCGCAACGGACCCAAGUAUCCGCACGAGCACGAAAUGGUAAAACCAGGAGGAUACCGCGUGCUCCUGCCGCUGCUGUUCAAUCCCUUCUCGGCCAACUGCCACUUCCACAUUGUUUACAACGAGUGUAUGAGUCGCGAGGAGAUGAGCAGACUGGUGAAGCUCUGCCAGAUGGGAAUGCAGUUCCAGCGGAAUGCGGACGACUACGGCAGGAUGUUGAGUAUACUCCCGUGGAUUCGACACUUUUGGCCCGAGAGGAGUGGCUACAACAAACUGAAUGAAUCCAACAUAUUUGUGCACAAGUUUUUCGCUGAGUUUGUGGACAAAUAUUUGGAUAGCUACGAGGAGGGAGUGGAACGCAACUUCAUGGAUGUCUACAUUGCGGAAAUGAGACGCAAUUCUGGUUACGGAUUCAAUCGGGAUCAGCUCAUCAUGGGCCUGGUGGACUUCUCCUUUCCGGCGUUAACUGCCAUCGGAGUUCAGUUGUCGCUGCUCAUUCAGUACCUCUUGUUGUAUCCUUCGGUGCUGCGAUCGAUGCAGAAGGAAAUCGACGAGGUGGUCGGAUGCGGACGUCUGCCCACUCUGGAGGAUCGCAAGAAUCUGCCCUUCACCGAGGCCACUAUUCGCGAGGGUCUUCGGAUCGAAACUCUGGUUCCCUCGGAUGUGCCGCACAAGGCGAUGGAGGACACCGAGUUGCUGGGAUACCAGAUACCCAAGGACACCAUUGUGAUACCCAGCUUGUAUGCCUUCCAUUCGGACUGUCGCGUUUGGUCGAAGCCGGAAGAAUUCCGGCCGGAAAGAUUCCUCGACGAGAAGGGAAAGCUCAGUCUGAAAUUGGAUGUUUCACUGCCCUUCGGAGCGGGAAAAAGGCUUUGCGCCGGUGAAACUUUCGCCAGGAAUAUGCUCUUCCUGAUGACAGCGACCAUGUGCCAGCACUUUGACUUUGUGUUGAGUCCGAAUGACCGGUUGCCCGAUCUCUCCAAGAACCUCAACGGUCUGAUUAUCUCGCCUCCUGAUUUCUGGGUGCAGCUAAAGGAUCGCCAUUAAAGACUCAGUGUGAAAGUAUCCAAGAAACUAGAAUUACCUGAUUUGUAUCUUAAGAAUUCUUUAAACUAUAUACUUUUUAUAAUAUAAAACUAGUUUUGUAAGCAA